AUGUUACAGAUGGUGGACUUGGUUAGCGAUAAUGAUGAGUUCGAAUUGGAUGAGGACAAUGAUGGUCAGGUUGGGGGCUCGUCUUAUCCAGUCCUGAGAAACGCUGAUGCUCCUGGCCCGUCCACGCUGGUGAGGCAGGACGCUGUUGGGAUGGCCAAUGGGGCAGCUCCUUCUGCCUCGUUAGUUGGGAUGUAUGUAGAAAUGGGUUUCCCGAAAGAGAUGGUAUUGAAGGCCGUCAAAGAGAUUGGGGAGAGGGACGAAAGUGCAUUGCUGUCACUACUUCUUGCAUAUACGGAAAAUGACGACUCAGUGGGUAGCUGCUCUACUUCUCGCCGCAUCCCCCAGCGCGUUGAAGAUGAAGAAGAAGAAGAAGAAGAAGAUGAUGCUUUUGAUUUUGAAGACUGGGAUGAUGCUGUUGAUGCUGGCCAAAGGGAACCUUACUCUGAUGGUUCUGGUGAUGAGGGUUUCCUAGAAGAAAUGUCACAGUGGGACAAGCAGAUCAAGUCCUUAGUGGACAUGGGAUUUCCUGAAGAUGAAGCAAACAUGGCUCUUAGAAGAUGUGGCUUUGUUGAUCAUACUUUAAUGGGAUGGUACCUUAUGCUUUAUAUUUGGUUCAAACUUGGCCAGGUUCUGGAUGAGAAUCGCUUCAGUUCCUGCGUGGGGAGAAAGAAAGCAAGAUUCACAGAAGAUAGCAAGAAGAGGAAAAGAUACGGAGGUGGAGCACAUGGAAGUCAAUCCCCAUGGGAUGGUGGUCAUGAAGAGUCAAUUUCUCUGCCAAAGCCAAUGGUGGGAUUUGGCCUACCUGGUGACCGACCACGGUCAGUGAGCAGAUUGCUUCCUGCACAUAGUAUGAGAGCACCUUUCUUCUACUAUGAGAAUGUGGCACUUGCUACUAAAGGUGCCUGGGCAGAAAUUUCAAGAUGCCUAUAUGGUAUUGAGCCAGAGUUCGUAGACUCGAAAUACUUCUGCGCAGCGUUAAGGAAACGGGGUUACAUCCAUAACCUCCCAACUGAGGGAAGGUCAGUUUUGCGUCCCAUCCCUCCGAAGACCAUUUUCGAGGCCUUCCCCCAGUACGAGACAUGGUGGCCCUCGUGGGACCAAAGAAGGCAGUUCAAUUGCCUACAAACAUGUAUGGCAAGCGCAAAGCUGACUGAACGGAUCCACCGUGCUCUUGCAAACUCGAGCGAUCCACCAACUCAAGCUGUUCAGAAAUAUGUGCUGGAAGAGUGCAGGAAGUGGAAUUUGGUAUGGAUUGGCAAAAACAAAGUUGCUGCAUUGGAUUCUCUGGAAAUGGAGUUUCUGCUUGGUUAUCCGAGGGACCAUACUAGGGGAGCUAGCAAGAAAAAGAAAGACAAAUGCCUUGGAAAUUCAUUCCAAGUCGAUACUGUUGCUUUUCAUCUGUCAGUGCUGAAGGAUAGGUUUCCAUGUGGUAUGAACGUGCUGUCCCUGUUCAGUGGUAUCGGAGGAGCAGAGGUUGCCCUUCACAAGCUUGGCAUACGGAUGAAGACCGUGGUUUCUGUGGAAAUCUGCGACGCGAGUAGGAACAUCUUGAGAACUUGGUGGGAUCAGACCCAGGAAGGCACAUUGAUAGAGUUUCGUGAUGUGCAGUCUCUCACACAUGAAAAAAUUGCAUCACUUAUCAGACAACUUGGUGGCUUUGACUUAGUGAUCGGGGGAAGCCCAUGUAACAACCUUGCCGGCAGCAACCGGCACCACCGUGUUGGCUUGGAGGGUGACCAGUCCGUGUUGUUUCGUGACUAUGUUAGAAUCUUGAACUCUGUGAAGUCGAUUAUGGCGAAUGGUUGGCAAUGUUGCUCUGCUCCUUUGCAGAACCUGGGAGAGCAGGGGGAAGGGCUGGCAAUCUGCUGCAAAGUCAAAGUGCGCAUGGAAAGAUGGCCCAGUAACCUAUCAUUGCUUAUACUUCGAUGCUGGAAUUCAGUCAAGCAAGCACCCAGUGACUGGACUGGCAUUGAGAGAAGAGCUGCAUAA